UUUUAAUUUAUUUCAUUAUUUUUUUUCCCCACAUUUCUUAUACAUGAAUUUUAGGUAAAAAUCUCCAUGUCAACGUGGAACGAGAUACGGUCGUGCAAAUCAUCGAUCGUAACCUAUACGCUACCGUCUGGUGCCACCUCGUGAUUCACGUACACUCUCCUCUACUGCAUCAACGAACAGCCGUAUGUUAUCAGGUUCUCAAUCCUUAUCAAAAGUCAACAAUUGACAUCAAACUGUGAAGAAGAUGAGGCUGUUGAAGGUAGCUACGUGCAAUUUGAACCAAUGGGCAAUGGAAUUCGAUUCCAAUUUGAAGAAUAUUAAAGAAUCCAUUGUUAGGGCUAAAGAAGCCGGUGCGGUUAUUAGGCUUGGCCCGGAGCUUGAAAUCACUGGCUAUGGUUGUGAAGAUCAUUUCUUGGAACUUGAUACUGUUUCUCAUGCGUGGGAGUGCUUAAAAGAGUUGCUUCUCGGUGACUGGACAGACGGCAUAUUAUGUAGUUUUGGGAUGCCUGUUAUCAAAGGUUCCGAGCGUUACAACUGUCAAGUGAUAUGUAUGAACAGAAAAAUAAUCAUGAUACGAGCGAAAAUGUGGCUUGCAAACGACGGAAACUAUAGAGAGCUUAGAUGGUUCACUGCAUGGAAACAAAAAGACCAACUUGAAGAAUUUCAACUGCCAAGUGAUAUCGCUGAGGCUUUGCUGCAGAAAACCGUCCCUUUCGGCUAUGGGUUAAUGCAGUUUUUAGACACGGCUGUUGCAGCUGAGAUUUGUGAAGAGCUUUUUACUCCAAUUCCUCCUCAUACUGAGCUGGCGCUAAACGGUGUUGAAGUGUUUAUGAACGCUAGCGGAAGUCAUCACCAGCUGAGAAAGCUUGAUCUUCGUAUUCAUGCUUUUAUAGGUGCUACACACACUCGUGGUGGUGUGUACAUGUACAGUAAUCAUCAGGGAUGUGACGGAGGCCGCCUUUAUUACGAUGGAUGUGCGUGUGUUGUUGUUAACGGAGACGUGGUUGCACAAGGCUCACAAUUCUCGUUGAAGGAUGUAGAGGUGGUGGUUGCUCAAAUAGAUCUAGACGCGGUUGCUAGUCUUAGGGGAUCCAUAAGUAGUUUUCAAGAGCAAGCGAGUUGUAAAAAGUCGGUUUCAUCGGUAGAUGUGCCGUACAAGCUCUGUCAGCCUUUUAACCUCCAAAUGUCGCUUUCAACUCCACUGAAGCAGAUUAGUUAUCACUUACCGGAGGAAGAAAUAGCGUUUGGUCCCGGUUGCUGGCUUUGGGAUUACCUAAGAAGAAGCGGUGCUUCGGGUUUUCUUCUUCCGCUAUCUGGUGGAGCUGAUAGCUCUUCGGUAGCUGGUAUCGUUGGAUGCAUGUGUCAGCUUGUGGUAAAAGAGAUUGCAAAUGGAGAUGAACAAGUGAAGGCUGAUGCAGUAAGAAUCGGUCAUUACACUAAUGGAGAAUUCCCAACCGACAGCAAGGAGUUUGCAAAACGUAUAUUUUACACAGUUUUCAUGGGAUCCGAAAACAGUUCUGAUGCCACACGGGGACGAGCGAAGUUGCUGGCUGAUGAAAUUGGAUCAUGGCAUCUUGAUGUGUCUAUAGACAGUGUGGUGUCUGCCUUUUUAUCGCUAUUUCAAACGCUUACCGGAAAGCGUCCUCGUUAUAAGGUAGAUGGGGGAACGAACAUUGAAAAUUUAGGGCUCCAAAACAUACAAGCUCGAAUCAGAAUGGUGUUGGCGUUUAUGUUAGCGUCAUUAUUGCCAUGGGUUCAUAGCAAACCCGGGUUUUAUCUUGUGUUGGGUAGCUCCAAUGUCGAUGAAGGGUUACGUGGCUACCUAACAAAGUAUGAUUGCAGUUCUGCAGAUAUAAAUCCAAUUGGAAGUAUCAGUAAGCAGGAUCUUAGAAUAUUUCUGAGAUGGGCUGCCGUUCAUCUUGGUUUCUCGUCUUUAGCGGAAAUCGAAGCGGCUCCACCAACUGCUGAGCUGGAACCUAUACGCUCCAACUACAGCCAGCUGGAUGAAGUGGAUAUGGGAAUGACUUAUGAGGAACUUUCUGUAUAUGGAAGGUUGCGGAAGAUCUUCAGAUGCGGUCCCGUAUCUAUGUUCAAGAAUCUAUGUUUUGGUUGGGGCUCAAAACUAAGUCCUUCAGAGGUAGCCGAUAAAGUGAAACAUUUCUUCAAAUAUUAUUCCAUUAAUCGUCACAAGAUGACCGUAUUAACUCCCUCCUACCAUGCCGAGAGUUAUUCACCUGAAGAUAACAGAUUUGAUCUCCGCCAGUUUCUGUAUAAUUCAAGAUGGCCCUACCAGUUUCGUAAGAUAGAUGAACUCGUAAGUGAGCUCAGUGUCGAUAAAGAUGCAUCUACUUCAAAUGGUGUAGGAGUUGUAGCAGCUGGUUCAGCCGAUCCAAAAGCCGGCCUCUAGAUGUCAAUUCAAAAGGGGUUUGGUUUGCUGGAAUAAGUGAAUUUCAUUACUAACAUGAUUCAUGUUUGAUAUAAACAUUGUUUUGUUUUUCUAUACAAUAUAAUACAAAGAAAUAAUUUGGAAGAUACAUAAACAAUGUUAUGUUUUUUUUUUUUCUUUUUUUUUUAGUUGUGGGCUUAAGCAGUUAAUUGCUUAUAUUUCAAACGGAAACUAAUUGAUACCUUC